GCCGAAUCAUGUAUAGAAUCUUUCGUCACAGUUGAGGAAGCCAGUAUAACAUCAGAGGCUCUUAGCCUUGAUAACACCCUAUCGAAUUCCUAUCCCAAUGUCAUAUCCAUUUCGGAUGAUCAACAAGCCGGCUUAUCCUCACCAAAUGGAAAUUCCACCACAGUCGAAGAGAUCGUUGCAGGCAUUAACCAAAAUUAUAAUCCGUCGACUAUGCUCCCAUUGUUCGACGAUCAAUUGAAGGAAUAUCGUACUAAGAACUCUCACACUGACAGAAUGAUAGUUGUCCAUAAUAAUUCUGGAAUAACACACCAAAAACCUACAAGGAAAUCAACCCGAACCCGGAAAAACACCAGAUCUAGUCAUAUCAAAUCGAAGCGAUGCAAUUAUAUACCACAACCCAUAUCACAUAUAGAUACCUCUGCCUAUAACCCGAAAAUUUUCGGAAGAAUUGCUCUUCAAAUCGGCAGCCGGACUGGGAAAACUACCAGAUUCUUGUAA